UCGUUUAUUCCGGUUGACGAUUUCGUGGCGUUCGGGACCCCCUGGAACUUUAUUUCGGUGGACAAUUGAUGGUCCGAGUGUUUUUUUUUUCUGAUGGAUAAAAUUGUGGUGGAUUAGUUUUGAAACGUGGUGAAGUGCAAAAGGAUUUUAUCAAGUUCAAAGUGAAGAUCAGGAAAAAAAGGACAUUUCAGUGGAUUUUAAGCGCCUAUCAGUGUCUAGUGGGGCUAAAUUUUGAACUUGUUGUCCGAAUUAGACGAAACAAAAAAUCAAGUGCCAGUGACGAUUCAGCGAAACGUGUCACGAGGUGUGAUUGAACUUUCAAAUUAGCCGAUCUUCUCCGUUCCAAGAUGGCUCCCAACGUCCUUGGGAAUACCCUGCUGUUAGCAGAGGCAUGCAUAGAGCAGGAGGACCCAAACAACAACAGCCAGAUCAAAGCGAACAAAUCGAUCCUGAACGUCCGAACAGCCACAGCGGAUUCCGCGGCACGUGUCCAGGCCGAUGAACCCCAGAAGACUGAACAGAAGCAGUCCGCGUCCUCCUUCAGCAGCAGUUCCGCGUACCGGACGGUUCUGGUCUGGCGCAACAUUAUCGCCUUUGUCUAUCUGCAUGCCGGGUUCCUGUACGGCGUCUACCUGUCCUUCACGUCGGCCAAAGGCAGCACCACCCUGCUCGCUCUGGCGCUCGGCAUGUUUGGCGCGUUCGGAAUCACGGCCGGAGCGCACCGGCUGUGGUCACAUCGCGCGUACAAGGCCAAGUGGCCGCUGCGGGUGCUGCUGAUGCUGUCGCAGACGCUGGCCUUCCAGAACAGCAUCUACGAGUGGGUCCGGGACCACCGGGUGCACCAUAAGUUCACCGACACGGACGCCGACCCGCACAACGCCCGCCGCGGUUUCUUCUUCUCGCACAUUGGCUGGCUGAUGGUGAAGAAGCACCCGGACGUGAAGCAGAAGGGCCAAACCGUGGACAUGAGCGAUUUGGAGCAGGACCAGGUCGUGAUGUUCCAGAAGAAAUACUACUUCUUCCUGAUGCCGAUGUUCUGCUUCGUGAUCCCGACCUACAUGGCCUGUUACCUGCUGGACGAAUCCCUGACCAACUCGUGGUACGUCGUGGCCAUCUUCCGCUACGUGGCAUCGCUGAACGGCACGUGGCUGGUCAACAGUUGGGCCCAUAUCUGGGGAACGAAGCCGUACGACAAGAACAUCUCGCCCACCAACAGCACUUUUGUGGGAAUCGCGGCCGUUGGCGAGGGCUGGCACAACUACCACCACGUGUUCCCGUGGGACUACAAGACGUCCGAGCUGGGCGUGUACAGCACGAACCUGACGACGGCCGUGAUUGACUUUUUCGCGUGGAUCGGCUGGGCGUACGACCUGAAGUCCGUGUCGGACGAUUUGAUCAAGAAGCGCGUGCUGAGGACUGGGGACGGAUCGCACCAGUACAGCGAGGAGCAGCUGCGCGAAAAGAUGGUCGACUAUAUCAACAAUCUGGACCACGAAAACGAGAACGUCGUGUGGGGCUGGGACGACGUGGACAUGAAGGAUGCCGAUCGGAAGGACGCAACCGUUAGCAACAAGAUCGAUUGAGGACGCUUUGUGGUGGUGUUUGGAUUCGCUCCCUAGUUUGAUAGAUUUCCUGCGUAAGGUUCAAAGUGAAAUGUCCUUCUUGUCCUGCAUUCUUUUUUUUUGUUUGUUCUCUGCGUAAAGUUCCAGUAGAUUGUUGUUUAGUGAUUGGACAACCCCAGGCAGCACGUGGAACACAAGUAGCUCAAGCUUUUAUUUAUUUGAAAUGAUAGUUAUACCUUUUUGCGUAGCGCAAGAACUUUUAUAACUGAGAGAAUGAGAAACACACGAAUGGGUGUAGUAGUUUAUAGGAAGUAAUUAAAUAAAGAAUAAUAAAAA